CCUGGUCACUACCAAAUUAUAAUACCCUACUUUGUCGUUUCGGAAGACUGGCGGGGCGAGUCAUUCACUCAAGGAGGACGCGGCUUCAGGGCUGCAGCGGAUCUCCAGGCAACCAUGGGGAUCGUCGAUCGCAUCAAGGAGAUCGGUGCGUGGCCACUGCAGUCUGUGUGUCGAGUGUCCUGCGUCUUCUAGUACUGCUCGUUUAAACGUGCAGCGUGACAGCGUGUUGCGCCGUAUCUAACUAACACCGGGCUUGUUUGGUGCUUGAACAGAGGAUGAGAUGAAGCGGACGCAGAUCAACAAAGCCACAGAGGGCCAUCUUGGUCGUCUCAAGGCCAAGCUUGCGAAGCUGCGCACGGAGCUUCUCGAGGAAGGGAAGUCGAGCGGCGGUGGCGGCGAAGGCUUUGAUGUCGCCAAGAGUGGCGAUGGACGCGUCGCGUUGAUCGGGUUCCCUAGUGUUGGAAAGUCAACCAUGCUGAGUCAGCUAACGGAGACGCAGUCGGAGACGAACGCUGUGGAGUUUACCACGCUCACUUGCAUUCCCGGCAACUUGUUGUACAACGACGUCCGCAUUCAGUUGCUGGAUCUUCCGGGUAUUAUUGAAGGUGCCGCACACGGUCGGGGACGUGGUCGAGAGGUCAUUGCUGUGGCCAAGUCAGCCGAUAUGAUUCUGAUGGUGUUGGAUGCUGGUCGGGAGGCUGGCAACCGUCACCGUGAGAUUUUAGAGAAUGAACUGGAGACUGUUGGUCUGCGUCUUAACCGUCAACCGCCUGAUAUCUACUUUCGGAAGAAGAACGGCGGUGGCAUCACGUUCAACAGCACCAUUCGUCUGACGAAGCUUGGUGAUGAUCCGUAUCAGACGGUGUAUAAGAUCUUGCACGAGUACAAGAUCCACAAUUGUGAGGUGCUGUUCCGUGAGGACUGCACGACGGACGACCUGAUUGAUGUGAUCGAAGGCAACCGAAAGUAUGUGAAGUGCUUGUACGUGUACAACAAGAUUGACGUGGUGUCGAUCGAAGAUGUGGACCGACUGGCGCGUAUGCCGAACUCGACUGUGAUUGCCUGCGCCCAUGGUGAUCGCCCUGCCCUGAACUUCGACACGCUCCUUGCCAAGAUGUGGGACUACAUGGGACUGACGCGCGUGUACACCAAGCGUCGUGGAGAGGCCCCUCAAUUCGAGGAGCCGGUUGUUCUGGGCUCGGAGCGAAAAGGUGUCAGCGUCCAGUCUGCCUGUUUGUCGGUACGUUCCUGCUUCGCUGUAGCAUUAACACUGGGGAUCCUGGCAUGAGCCGCUCCUCACAACUACGAACUUGUUGUAGAUUUCAAAAGACAUGCUGGACAACUUCAACUACGCACUGGUGUGGGGCACGAGCACGAAGUACAACCCGCAACGUGUUGGCAAGGAGCACUUGCUACACGAUGAAGAUGUAUUGCAGGUCAUCGUUAAGACAGCUAACCAGCAGAAGCGUGACAAGAACUACAACCAGAAGGUGCAGGCGUACUUUGACAAGUACAAGAAGAAGAAGAAAGCGCUCAAGACUUAAGGUUGGACGCAAGCUUGUGAUUUGAAUGGAUUUGAAUGCAGCAGUGCAUUUGGCACCACAAGAAAAGCAGUGGAACAAAUAGAUGUCGCUCGUUACAGCUACAAACUAUUCGUUGUUUUCCC